UAACUAGAUCUUGGAAGGUAGUUGCACUGGUUAGAGAGUGCAAAAGUUUCUUAUAUAUCCAUAUCCAACAACUUCGCAUUUAGAAGAAGCUACUACAUAGGAUCUAGGUAUGAUACGCCAAAGAUUUUAACAAAACAUAAAAAGAAGAGUUUGUUGGGGGUUGAGAUAUUGACAUGCUGUUAAGUCUAAUGAACACAUUCACAUGCUCAAAAACUCUACCAUUAUAACACACUCAACUCAACUCAACUCAACAAAACUCUCUCCUUAUAAACACUAGUCUACCUUGAACUUUCCAUCUCCAAAUCUCUCUCCACACAAAAGAAACUCUAACCCUUUUCUCUCUCUCUCUCUCUCAAAUGGAGUCUCUCUCUUUAAUUUAUGUAGUUCCAGCAUUGUACUUGUGUUUCCUAUUAUGGAAACUAUUGGAUCAAAAGAGGGACCAAGAAGGUUACAUAUUAGAUUACCAAUGUCACAAACCAACACAAGAUAGAAUGUUAGGGACAGAGUUUUGUGGCAAAAUAAUCAAAAGAACUGAGAAUUUGGGUCUAGAUGAGUACAAAUUUCUUCUCAAAGCCAUAGUAAGUUCCGGCAUCGGCGAGCAAACUUACGCGCCAAGAAACAUCUUCGAAGGCCGCGAAGCAUCGCCAACAAUCCAUGACGGGAUCUCGGAGAUGGAAGAUUUUUUCGACGAUAGCAUUGUGAAACUCCUAGCGCGGUCGAAAAUUUCCCCUUCGGAAAUCGACAUCCUCGUCGUCAACGUCUCGAUGUUCUCCUCGCUUCCGUCUCUAUCCGCGCGAAUCAUCAACCGUUACAAACUACGACACGACGUAAAAGUGUACAACCUCACCGGAAUGGGCUGCAGUGCUAGUCUUAUAUCACUAGACAUUGUUCAAAACAUUUUCAAAUCCCAAAGAAACAAGUUAGCACUUUUGGUCGCAUCAGAAUCUCUUAGUCCAAAUUGGUAUCCCGGAAACAGCAAAUCAAUGAUCCUUGCCAACUGUCUCUUCCGGUCGGGCGGAUGCGCGAUUCUUCUAACAAACAAAAGAUCCUUAAAGAACAAAGCCAUACUCAAACUGAAGUGUUUAGUAAGAACUCACCACGGCGCGAGAGACGAGUCCUUCGGUUGUUGUAUUCAGAAAGAAGAUGAGCAAGGUAGGAGAGGUAUUUUCCUAGGAAAAACUCUCCCAAAAGCCGCAACAAGAGCGUUUGUCGACAAUCUAAGAGUAAUAUCACCCAAAAUUUUACCAACAAGAGAACUAUUUAGGUUUCUUUUAGUGUCACUCUUGGAGAAACUUAAAACAAUAAGUUGUUAUUCCAAGUCUUGUAGUGGUGGAGGAACAAUAAGUACAAAAAAAUCACCAUUGAAUUUCAAAACCGGUGUUGAUCAUUUUUGUCUCCAUACAGGAGGAAAAUCAGUGAUAGAUGGAGUUGGAAUGAGUUUAGAUCUAAGUGAAUAUGAUCUUGAGCCAGCAAGGAUGACACUUCAUCGUUUUGGUAACACUUCUGCUAGUAGUUUGUGGUAUGUGUUAGGUUACAUGGAAGCAAAAAAGAGAUUAAAAAAAGGUGAUAGAAUUUUCAUGAUAAGUUUUGGAGCUGGAUUUAAAUGCAAUAGUUGUUUAUGGGAAGUGAUGAAGGAUCUUGGAAAUGGAUAUGGAAAUGUUUGGGAUGAUUGUGUUCAUGAUUAUCCACCAGAAACUUUGGUUAAUCCUUUCAUGGAGAUGUAUGGUUGGGUUAAUCAAGUUGAGGAUGUAAACAAUGUUGAACUUCCUGAUUUUCUUAAGUGAUUAAGGUAUUUAAUUAAUUAAUUAAUUAAUUUCAUUCUUGUGGAAUGAUAUGCAAGGAGUGUUUUAUAUUUUUUUUACUAUAUUUGUUGAUAUGGACCAAGGUUAUUAUUGUGCAUUAAUUUCAUUGUUAUGUAAUAAUAAUAAUAAUAAUAUAUACACUUGUUAUUAUUUCAAAAUAAGGAGUUUGCCUA